AUGGACUUCCCACCGGAACAACACCGCCACCUGGACCAGCCGGGCCACCUGGCGCAGGACUUUCGAUUCAAUCCACAACAACAACAACAACAAAAUGGCAACGGCACUCCAGCCAUUGUCGCUCCCACACCAACUCAUCCCAACCAAGAGCAGGCGCUUCAAGAACUUCAACAUCAUCUGGAAUGGUACCAGCAGAAGUUUGGCCAUUCCCCUGUUCAUCAACCGCAGCCUGACAAUUUCGUCAACCUCAAUCAGCCACUGCCUAGCGAUAUGUCGCUUGAAGGUCACAUGCCACAGCAGCCGAUGAUCAAUCUACCGCGCACUGUCACGCCAGUCUCUCAAGGUCACGCUCGGACAGUACCAAACACACCACAGCAUUACGUUCAAAGCUGGCCCAGCCCACCUCCAACGGACGUCAAGCACGCGAGAAGUCAGAGCUUCCAGUAUGAUGUCGCUCCCAUGCCCAUGGGCUACGACGGUCAUACCAUGCAGAUACCUUCCUCGCCAUACGCUCCUCAACAGACUGGCUUCUCGCAGGAGUCCUUCUCGGUCAAUUGCAACGAUGGAUACGCUUCAUCAGCAUACUCAUCGUCCGCCAUCGAUCCAAUGUCACCCAGGUGCAACAACAUUGGUGCCAUGCCGACCGUGUUCGAAGAACCAACGCCACCACUUGGUGACGGGUUCGACGGCGACAAUCUCCUUCACGCAACCGCCGGCGCAUCAGACGACUUCAACAGUCCCAGCUUCAUGGUCGGCGGAUCGAUGGGCGGCAUGUCACCACGAACCGCCAUGCUUCACAACUUAGGCGAGGACGUCAACGCGUCGAUCGUCGAGACUGGCGUUCCGCCAGAGCAAGUGGACGCCUACAUCUCGCACCAGGACCCAAACACGAAAGGCUGGACCUGCCAAUUCAUGGAAGACAACCACAAGCCGUGCGGCAAAUUCUUCAAGCGGAAAGAGAAUGCCCGGUCACACGUCCAGAACCAUCUCGGCGACCGCCAAUUCUGCUGCAACGACUGUGGCAAGACCUUCGUCCGUCAGCACGACAUGAAACGACAUGCGGCAAUCCACAAGGACGACCGACCCCAUGUAUGUCCCUGCGGCAGCGGCUUCGCGCGCCACGACGCCCUGACCCGCCACCGCCAACGAGGCAUGUGCAAAGGCGCCCUCCCGGGCUUCGAGAAGAACGAAGAAGACAAGCCCAAGCGCGGCCGACCGAAGAAGGAACGUCCAGACAUGGACUCCCGCACGUCGAAAGCGAAGAAAGCCCGCAAACUCGACCGCGCGCACGGCCAAACCGCAACCGCAGCCUCCUACGCCAGCAGCAGCAGCUCCCGCAUGACAGACAACAACAGCCUGCCCAUGACGCCCCCGGACUCCUCCGACUUCAUCGACCCGACCGCCUUCAUCAACCUCGUUGAAACUCCGCCUACUUCCCCUCCCAGCCCGCAGAAAUCGGCCUGCAUCUCCCCUGCCGCACUGAACAACACCCGCCAGCUGAACGUGAAUAGCCAGCACUACGACGCUUUCACCGGGGUCUCCUCCCCCUCCACCGGCGGAGACUACGAUACCGCAUCCUUCAACUUCGGCGCCGUGGCCGCGGAGCCCGACGUCGCGGGUGGGCAAAGCUUGUUUGAAAAGUACUCCGAGAACCCUUUCUCCCCCGGCUACGACUCGAUUCCAGGCAGUAGUCCGCCUUCCUGCGGGGAGGAACUGGAUUUCGGCGGCGGGAUGGACGGGAUGCUGGAGGGAAUGGGGUGGGGAGAAAACGCGGGGAUGGGCGAGGGGGUCAUGGCGAUGAUGUUGGAUCGGUGGAUUGCUGAGCAGUAG